AUGGGAACUGUCGAAGUGCAAACAAUCUCCGUCGCCAUCCACAAUCGGCAACAACAACCGACAAUGACCGGACCCGCUGGACCCGUCGGAAUCACAAUUAACGCGGGAAAUGGCGAGGCGUCACAGGCGGAAAAUGAACGGCCAGCGGAACCACUCAGCCCAUCAAGUGUAUUCGAUGCUCGUGGGCCGAAUCUCCCAGUACCACCGGCACCUCCGGCAGACAACGCAUCAGAAAUGGAGACGGUCGAGCGGGGACCACAGAUUCCAGAGGAGAUAAUUGCUCAUCAAAUUGUCAACGAUGCCAUGAACGAGCUGUUCAAUCAGGAAUAA